AUGUCAGGCAACAUGUUGGAUUUUUCUGCUAUGGGGUUACUCCCAGACAUGAAGAAGAAGAAGAGGAAGAGGAAGGCGUCCCGUGGAGAUGCAUCUUGGGCGCUAGUUGCUGAACCCAAAGUCUCCACCACGAUUGAGGAGGUUCCGGUCAUCAAGUUGGUUGAGGAGGACCCGAAAAAAGAGCCAGAGCCGUCGCACGAGCCCGAGGUAGUCUGGUCACCCGAAGUGCACCCUCAGCAUCCCAGGGGCAGUUUUGAGGAAGAAGUCCCCAAGGAGAGGCAGUCCAUUAUGGAUAUCCAGACGUGCCUUCACAAGAGCAAGGAGGCUGUCUUCCCCGAGGAGGUCUCCAACAUGACCGAAAUGUAUCUUGCCGAGAUAGAUGCCAAAAUCAACUCCAUAGCACAUACCUUCAUGAAGCAGUCUAAGGAUAACCUCGUGAGGGCCCUUGAGGCCGAGGCAGUGGCAAAAGGAUACAAGUCCCGAGUGGAGCGGGCUGCUGACCUCGUUGACAAACUGAAGGAGGAGAUGAUGUCUAGGAGGAGGCGUGUCGAGGAAUUAAGGAGGCAUGUCGAGGAACUGAGGAGGCAUGUCGAGGAGCUAGAGCUUGACAAAACUAAGCUCAGGAAGGACCUCGAGGAGAAAGAAGCUUCCUUCGCUGAUCCUGAGGCCCUCCUGAUUGACACACUCAAGAAGACGAAGACUCAUGCCAUCAAGGAGUAUAAAGUCUCACCAUUCUUUCUUCAGGAGAGGCAGGACCUUGGUACCACGGUCUUCCGUAAAGGUUUCAAUCUUUGCCGAAUGCUCGUGAGGGUCGACGAGGACCCAGACUCCGAGGAGGAGGGAGACGACGAGAUUGAUGAGGAAGCUGUGGAGGCUGACUUGGACGCUGCUAGCAAGGAUUCCAUGGAGGAGGAUGCCACCAAGGAUCAUGCUACCACUACCACUAGAAACAGGGAUGGGGAGCCCCAAGAUAUCUGA